AUGGCCCUGACGUUCAUCGUGGGUUUUGCGGCCGCGGCCGUCGUGCUGCAGGUUAUCCGUAUGGUGAUCAACUCAUGGCAGCACUCGCGCAAUGCCAAAAAGCUGGGCUGUGGCAGUCUGCCCGUGUAUCCUUGCAAGGAUCCUUUUGGAAUCGACACUCUGAAGCAGUCUCUGGCAGCAGCCAAGGAAAACACCGUGCCAGACUUGGCUGAGAAGCGCUUUGAAGUUAUGGCCGAGCAGGAGAACCGCUUCGUCACUACCUUUAUGAUCCGCAAUCUCGGUCGUGAUGGCAUUUUUACUAUCGACCCCAAAAAUAUCCAGGCCGUGCUAGCAACACAAUUCAAGGAGUUCGAACUCGGUGAUUCUCGUCGGAGAGCUUUGCACCCUUUGCUCGGCACUGGUAUUUUCACUGCCGAUGGUGAGGAUUGGUCUCGUUCCCGAGGUCUGCUACGACCUCAGUUCACCCGGGAGCAAAUCAGUCAGUUGGAUUUGGAGGAAGAACAUGUGCAAAAGGCCAUGCAGGCGCUGCCUGUCGCAGCUAACGGCUGGACAGCUCCCACCGACAUUCAGACUAUCUUCUUCCGCCUCACUAUCGAUUCUGCCACAGAGUUCCUGUUCGGUGAAAGUGUAGAGAGCCAACUUGGUGCCCUGAACGGCUUGAACAGACCCGAGGAUUCUUUCGCCGGCCACUUUGACUACUCGCAAUUCAUCUGCGCGCAGCGCGGCCGCUUUGAGAAACUUCCCUUCCUCGCUGAGACCAAGCAAAGCAAGAUUUCAGACAAGCAAGUCCAAGCCUUUGUUGACAAGGUUGUUGCAACCGCUCUGCGAGCUGCCGACAAUGAAAAGAAGGACACCGAAAAGGGAAAGACCCCCUAUGUGUUCCUCGACGCCCUUCUGGAAGUAACCCGGGACCCAAUCGAGCUACGCUCCCAACUCCUGAACAUCCUCCUGGCUGGCCGCGAUACUACUGCCUCCCUCCUCAGCUGGACCACCCUCCUACUUGCCCGCAACCCCGAAGUUUUCGCCAAGCUUCGUGAAACCAUCAUCUCCACGUUUGGCACCUACUCUAACCCGCAAAACGUCACAUUUGCUGCCCUCAAGUCUUGCCAGUACCUGCAGUAUGUCAUGAACGAGGUCCUCCGUCUCUACCCCGUAGUCCCAUUCAACCGCCGCAGUGCUACCCGCGAUACUACCAUCCCUCGCGGUGGUGGUCCUGACGGCCAAGACCCCGUCUACGUUCGCAAGGGCCAGUCCGUUAUCUAUACCACCCAUGUCAUGCAACGCCGUAAGGAUCUCUGGGGCCCCGAUGCCCGCGAAUUCAAGCCUGAUCGCUGGGCCAACCGCAAGGCCGGCUGGGAAUACAUCCCCUUCAACGGUGGCCCUCGCAUCUGCAUUGGUCAACAGUUCGCUCUUACCGAGGCUGGCUAUGUCAUUGUUCGACUUUUGCAGCGCUUCGAUCAGAUCGAGGAUGUGAACCCCGACCAGCAGAUUCGUUACGGCUUGACUUUGACCAGCUCGCCUGCUGAUCUGGUCACUGUCCGCAUGCACGAGGCGGCUGAGUAA